CUUGUUCUUGCAGCAACAACAACACGCUCGUAUAUAAUUGAAAACAUCAUAAAGAAAAAAAAAUGAAUUCCCUUCGUCUCAGUUUUUUCUGUGUGGUGGUAGUUCUUGGAGCAUUACCCUACUUCUCAUAUGCACAACUAGAUCCCUCGUUUUACGCUAGCACAUGUUCAAAUUUGAGUUCAAUCGUACGUGAGGUGCUCACAAAUGUUUCCCUGUCUGAUCCCCGCAUGCCUGCCAGUCUCAUCAGGCUCCACUUUCACGACUGUUUUGUUCAAGGUUGUGAUGCAUCAAUUCUGUUGAACCAAACGGAUGAGAUCGAUAGUGAGCAAACUGCUUUUCCAAAUGACAACUCCAUAAGAGGGUUGGAUGUUGUGAACGAGAUCAAGACCAGGUUGGAAAAUGCUUGUCCUGGCAUAGUUUCUUGUGCUGAUAUUCUUGCCCUUGCAGCUGAAAUAUCUUCUGAGCUGGCUGGUGGUCCUGUUUGGGAAGUUCCACUGGGAAGAAGGGAUGGUUUUUCAGCAAAUCAAACACUUGCUAAUGAAAAUCUUCCAGCUCCUAGUCUUAGCAUUGAUCAACUUAUAUCCGCAUUUGCUAAUCAAGGCCUCAACAUUACUGAUCUAGUUGCACUUUCAGGUGCUCAUACAAUUGGUAGAGCUCAAUGCAAGUUUAUUGUUGAUCGAUUAUACGAUUUCAAUGGCACCGGCAAUCCAGAUCCUACUCUCAACACAACUUACUUACAAUCAUUGCAAGUAAUAUGUCCCGAUGGUGGACCUGGCUCUGAUCUCACCAAUUUGGACUUAACCACUCCUGACACGUUGGACUCAAGUUACUACUCCAAUCUUCAACUUCAAAAUGGCUUGCUUCAGAGUGACCAAGAGCUUCUUAGCGCAAACGAUACUGAUAUUGUUGCCAUUGUCAACAGUUUCACUAGUAACCAAACUUUUUUCUUUGAAAACUUUGCAGCAUCAAUGAUUAAAAUGGCCAGCAUUGGAGUGCUAACGGGAUCAGAUGGAGAAAUUCGAACACAAUGUAAUUUUGUGAACGGAAAUUCUUCUGCUCUUACCACCAAAGAAUCUUCACAAGAUGGCAUGGUUAGCUCAAUGUAAAAUAAAUGGACAAAGGUUAUAUAUGCUGGAAAAUGCUGGGGUUAAAGGUGUCAAUAAAGAGUUCUGUAUAUGCAUAUAUAUAUGCCAUGUGCAUGUGGUGAACCGUUAUAAACUGUAUUGUACUUUGUAUUCUAUACACCUAGCUUUGUAUUAUACCCUGCCGUGUGGACAAACUAUAUACUACUAAAUAAUUGCUGUCACAAGCAAUCAUGAACUCCAUACUGCCUUAAAUUUCAAUAUGUAUUAAUGAAGUUGAGUUAAAAGUAUCACUUCAAUAAAAGUGCAGAUGAUUACAAUUGUA